CAGCCCGAAAUGUCGCCUAACCGCAUUGGCUUGCCACUUAGCCUCGUGCUCCUCGUCGCCUGUCUGGUGUCCUCGACCCGCGGCACCUGCAACGUCUGCAACGCUGUCAACAACCUGACCUGCUACUCCUCGACCCAGAUGCAGGCCUGCCAGGUGGGCGUCCUCUCCACGGCCACGCCCACCGCCUGCCCCAGCGGCUAUGUCUGCGCCAGUGGAUCGAGCGGGGUGCUCUGCCAGCCGCAGGAUGCAUCCGGCGGAGGACAGGCAGACUGCCAGGAGUGCAACAAGUGCGAUGCGAGCCAAACGUUUGCCUGCACCGGAUCCCAGAGCUUCGCCCUCUGCCUGGGCACAGAUACCGUCCAGGAUUCGGUGGGCACCUGUGCCUCCGGCUAUGUGUGCAACAUCAACGACACCCAGAUAUGCGGUCUGCCAGCCAAUGGGGUGAUGCCGACCUGUUCUUACACCGAUGACACAACCACCAGCACGACAAGCAGCACCACUAGUACCACAACGACUCCGGGGACACCUUCCACCAGUUCCGCAUCCGCGUACUGUGCGGCGGUUCAGUCGCAGGGGAAAUAUGCGGUCGGCUAUAACGCGUAUACGACCUGUCGGCAGUACAUCUACUGCACCCUGGUCAGCGGUAGUUGGAUUGGAGAGACAUACACCUGUCCGGGCACCCUGUUCUUUGAUAGCGCCUCCGGGAUGUGUGAGUCCGACAUGCCGUCCACCUGUUCCACCACUGCCACCACCCCAUCCACGACGACGGCUGCACCCACGACCAGUAAUCCCGGAGCAUAUUGCCGGGCCAUGCAAUCGGCGGGCUACUAUCCCGUGGGCACGGAUGCCAGCACCACCUGUCGUCGCUACAUCGACUGCUUUCUGUUGAACGGAAGCUGGAACGGCAAUAUGUACCAGUGCCCCGGCAGCAUGUACUACAACAGUGCCAGCAAGAUGUGCGACACCACUUUACCAGCCACAUGCUCCACCACAGUGGCAAGUUUGAGCCUAAACGGAGUGGAUUUAGAUUAAAAGAGCGUUCGCUAAGCGAAGAGUAUUUGAAGGUUUAUUGGGUGGGUGUGUUUAACCCUUCAGACAGUAG